GACAGCCAAUGAAUUGCACUAGCUGUGGGUUCGGCCCGAUAUCUCUUUCGUACUCUCGAUGGCGACUGACUGACCCUGCGAGUAGCCGUGUUCGCUCACCCAUUCCUUCUUUCCUUCCCGAUCGAGAAGUGCAGCAUUCGCAAUUUCGCAGUUCUCGAGAACCAGAGCGGACCCGUAGCAGACAGCAAGGAGGAGACGAAGGGAAGGGAAAGGAAUCAUGGCCAGCAUGGUAGCAGCUAGCAGUGCCCUCGGAGCCUCAUGCAGCCUCGCUGCUGUGCCUUCCCAGGCAACCACCAGCAGCAACAAUGCUGCUCAGGCUGUGAUCCUUCGCUCCGCCAAGCUCGGCGGUAGGUCCAGCUCAAUCUUGGGACAGUCAUUGGCAGGCUUGUCAGUGAAGUCGGUGGCCCACAAGGCCGUGGCUUCCCGCUCCAGGGUUGCCUCAACCCGUGCCGAGCUCGGCGACAGCUUGGAGGAGUUUCUGUUCAAGAACACGAAGAACAUCAACUUGAGGCAGCUGAUGUUGAGCAUGGGUUUGGCCAUUAAGAAGAUCUCCUUCAAAGUUCGCACUGCAUCUUGCGGAGCCACCGCCUGUGUCAACACUUUUGGUGAUGAGCAACUUGCUGUGGACAUGUUGGCCAACAAGGUCCUUUUUGAGGCUCUCUUGCACUCCCACGUGUGCAAAUACGCUUGCUCCGAGGAGGAACCCAACCUGGUUGACAUGGGUGGCCCCACCGAGGGAGGCUUCAGCGUUGCAUUCGACCCCCUGGAUGGAUCCAGCAUCGUCGACACCAACUUCACCGUCGGAACUAUCUUCGGAGUUUGGCCCGGAGACAAGUUGACAGGAGUGACUGGUCGUGAACAGGUAGCUGCUGCCAUGGGAAUCUAUGGACCCCGAACCACCUACGUCCUCUGCCUUGCCGAAGUUCCCGGCACCCACGAGUUCCUUCUCAUGGACGACGGAACCUGGCAACACGUGAAGGAAACCACCACCAUCGGUGAGGGAAAGCUCUUCUCCCCCGGAAACUUGAGGGCCACCUACGACAACCCCGAGUACGAGAAGCUGAUCAACUACUACGUCAGCGAGAAGUACACACUCCGAUACACCGGCGGUAUGGUUCCUGAUGUCAACCAGAUCAUUGUCAAGGAGAAGGGAAUUUUCACCAACGUUAUCUCUCCCACCACCAAGGCCAAGUUGAGAUUGCUCUUCGAGGUCGCUCCUCUUGGUUUGUUGGUUGAGAAGGCCGGAGGCUACAGCAGUGACGGAAAGAUUUCAGUUUUGGACAAGGUCGUUGUCAACACCGACGACAGAACACAAGUUGCCUACGGUUCCAGGAAUGAAAUCAUCCGGUUCGAGGAGGCUCUUCACGGCACAUCUCGGGUAGCCGCCCUUGUUGGUGCCAGCGCCUAGGUAGUUUCGGCAGAGAAUGGCCUGAGUUCAAAUGCAGCCACGAACAAACAACAUCAGCAGAAAAAAAUGCCUUUUUGGUUGUACUUCGUGUGUAGAUAUAGCCUGCCCUGUGGUUGGAGACAAAAUUGUAGUUUAGUUUUUCCACACAGAUAUUGAAAUUAAUGCCCAAUUGGGGUUUUUUUGAAGUCUCCCAAUGGCUGUAGCAAAACGCCUGAGAAGACUGAUGUUGUCUCUGUCCAGGUUUUAACGGGCAGAGAGUGUGCACCCUAAUUUGACGAAAAGAAAAAGCGAGCACUUGCCCUUUAUGCCCAAGAGAAGCG